AUGUUCAAGAAAGCUUUUUGGAAACGAAAAGAACGGCCAAUCACUGCAUCGCUUUCAUCUGUCGCAAACGAAAUGCCAGAAUUUGUACUUUUCGGAGACUCGCUCACCGAAUGGAGCUUUGACGAGGAAACGCAAGGCUUCGGGUUGUUUCUUAGGCAACAGUACCAACACAAGGUUCGCAUCAUCAACGAAGGCAAAGCAGGCUACACGUCAACCCGUCUGAAAGAUGACUUUGCCCGUAUAAUCAGCGAGGCAACAGCCCCAGAGGCAGCACCGACCCUCCUCUUCACCAUCUUCCUCGGUGCGAACGACGCCUGCUUCAUCGGCGAGAAGGAGUAUGUUCCAUGGCCCACCUUCUCGGCAAACAUACGGGAGUUUCUCGACACCAUCCUCACGGAGCAAGCUAUGGAGAACACAAAGAUCGUUUUGAUCACGCCCCCGCCCAUCAACGGGUCUGUGGUAGAUACUGGAGAAAGCAGAUCUGCAAGAGAAAUACAAGUAAUCAAUGAAUCGCGAAAGGAAGGACCGAGGUACAAGACUUACAUGAGUAAAAAGAGAUAUGCAGAUGGGCUUAUGCAGAUCGCGAAUGAGUACGAAGAAACGGGCAGAGUUGUUGGGCUCAACUACUGGCAGCACAUGGUGGACGCAGUCGUUGCAGAAGAAGGAUGGGAGUACGAUGCGGAUGUGCCGCCGGGAUGCGGCCUACUAGGCGCAAAGUCGUUUCCAGCGGGCUGGUUUACAGAUGGGCUGCAUCUUAAUGUCAAGGGAUACGGGGUAUUGAACAAGGAACUGUACAAGCUGGUGACGGCAAAGUGGCCAGAGUUAGCAGCCGAGAAGUUGUAA